AGUUUUUCUUAGGCCGCGUGACACCGAUAGGCGACGAUAGCGUACCAACAGUGACAAGCAGGGCGAAAAAGUCGCCGGAGUUGGGGGCCAGUUAUCAGUGCAGUUUAAUCCCUCUAGUACAUGCAAACACGCUUUUUUCCUUUUCAAUUAGGUACAAACCUUGCUCUAUAUACCUUGCCCGUUUAGCCAGUGUCAUCCAUUUAUACACACGGCAUCUACCCUUAAACAUGAGCUACUUCAUUGACUUACUAAACCAUCCAGUGGUAGACAUGGCAGUUUCUAAUGUCACCCUUCCAGCUGAUCCCGGCCCGGUCACGUCACCCUUGAGGCUUGCCUUAUCUGGUGUGGCCGGUUCCACAUCUCUUGCAUGCUGGAUCGUUUUGCUUCUUCCGCAGUUGAUCGAGCAAUGGCGGUUGAAGUCCGCCGAGGGGAUUUCGUUGCAGUUUUUGCUGCUCUGGUUCCUUGGUGACGUUUUCAACUUGGGAGGUGCUCUUUGGGCGAACCUUUUACCGCAAGUGGUUUUCUUAGCCAUCUGGUACUGCAUUGCCGACUUUCUUUCCCUCUUCUCUUACUUCUACUACACCAAAAUCUAUCCUAAGCACCACAGGAAACACACACAUGGCGCUCAUGACACCACACCAUUGAUCGGUGAAGAGAGGAGACGCUCAAGCGGCCGCCGUAGAAGAUCCUCCACGUUGGAAGCCACCGUCACCGAAAAUAACUCUGUAUUUCUCAACUACAUAUUGCCAGUUUUGUUUGUCUGUGGCGCUGGUGUUUUUGGCUACUAUAUCUCCGGCUCGCAGUCCCACAGCGACGUGCCUGCGCCUGAACCAUCCCCACACGACAAGAUUGCCAUGGGGCCACAGGUGAUGGGCUACUUGUCUGCUGCGCUCUACUUGGGGGCCAGGAUCCCGCAGAUCUGGCAGAAUUACAAGAAGAAGUCCGUUCACGGGUUGAGCUUGCUCUUCUUCAUCUUUUCCGUGUUCGGUAAUCUCACCUACGGUGCCCAAAUUCUCUUGUACAGAAGCGACUCUGAGUACGUGUUGUUGAACUUGAGCUGGCUUUUGGGGUCUAUCGGGACAAUUUUCCAGGACGGUUUCAUCUUCAUGCAAUUCUAUAUGUACAGAGAAGAUUCCAAGGAAGCUGUCAUCGAAGAGUGACCCGGCUGCAUUCAUUGAACUCUCGUGCAUUAUCUCCAUAUUAAUACUAUACGUAUAUUAGAAAUAGACUGUAAACAGAUGU